AUGUUCUUGCGGCAAGCCAAGUUGAGACCCAAGCUCCAGGGGUAUAAAGUUGUCAAGAUAGAGAUUGAGAAUAAGUACCGAAAAACGGAAUUUAGGAAUCCGGGAUAUGAUAAGAUGACAGAUAAAUUGGGUAUAGAGAUGGCGAUUAUUCUUUUGAUGCGGAGAUGUAUAGGUAAGAAUAUUGUAUAUAGCACACUUAAGAAGGCCUUGUGGUCCAUGGCAAAGUUCAAACAUUUGCAAAGAAGACUUUCGGGCCAGGUGUUUAAAGGUCCGUGCGAGAGUUUGCCAGUGUCCUGGAAGGCUGGAUGGCAGUCAAAUCCCAUUUGGUUUCUGCAUGCGUCGAUAGGCUUCGCUUUGCUCCUUCCAAGGCGCGAUGCUAUGAGUUCGGGUAACCAUUUAGGGAGGCUCGUGGCCGGCCUUUCUCUAGUGGCCAAGGAAAUUGCGAAACGCUCCAAAGCUCUCGAAAGUGGAGAUUUCGAAACCCUAAUAACCUCCACCGUCAAAAAAGCUCUGGUCUCCGCCACCGAUUUAUCGGGCCUCACUAAAGGAAAAGUCCGCGAGUUCUCACCUCCUAGGCCCAAAGAAUCCGUCGCUUAUUUCAACAAUUCACCUGACGUAGCAGCAGAACCAACUCCAGCUGAAUCGCAGCUGCCAAUUAGCGAUGGCGGAAAUGAAAGCAGUGCCAAUGACAGUGUUGUGACUCCUUCGGUUUCUGUUGAAGACAAGAUUUUAGAGGAGAAUCGAAUUUCAAAGGAGGAAAUUGGUGGUUUAGAUAGAGAUAAUAAAGGCAAUGCAGAUGGUGGAGAGGUGGCUGUUGCACCGGCGGAAACGGUGGUGGCGCCACCAGAGGUGAAGAGGAGGAAGCCAAGGGAGAGGAGAGUUCCUUCCACGCCGUUUUCAAGAGCGCUUGGGUUUGCUGGUCUAGGAGCGGGGCUUGCGUGGGGAACAGUUCAGGAAUCAGCAAAGAGACUCGUCUUUGGCACACCAAAUUCGCAAGACAAACAAUUUGAUUAUUCUCCAUUUUUGUCUGAUAAGAAUGCAGAACGCCUGGCUCUUGCAUUAUGCCGAAUGCGUGGCGCUGCCCUCAAGUUAGGACAGAUGCUGAGCAUACAAGAUGAAUCUCUUGUUCCUGCUCCGAUCUUGGCUGCUUUAGAUACUGUCCGUCAAGGUGCAGAUGUGAUGCCCAGGAGCCAGCUGAAUCGAGUUUUGGAUGCUGAGUUGGGUCCUGACUGGUCAACCAAGUUAACUAGUUUCGAUUAUGAGCCAAUUGCUGCUGCAAGUAUAGGGCAGGUGCAUAAAGCAGUAGCAAAGGAUGGUAUGGAGGUUGCAAUGAAAAUUCAGUACCCUGGUGUUGCAGAUAGUAUCGAGAGCGACAUUGAGAAUGUGAAACGUCUAUUAGAUUAUACAAACCUAAUUCCAAGAGGACUAUUUCUUGACAGAGCUAUGAAGGUAGCAAAAGUAGAAUUGUCUCGUGAAUGUGACUAUGAGUUGGAGGCAACCAACCAGAAACGGUUCCGUAAUCUGCUGUCCGAUGCUAAGGGGUUUUAUGUCCCAUUGGUUGUGGAUGAGCUUUCAAGUAAAAGAGUCUUAACUACAGAGCUUGUUUCCGGAAUUCCAAUUGAUAAAGUAGCAUCACUGAACCAAGAAACUCGUAAUUAUGUUGGGAAAAAGUUGCUAGAACUCACAUUAAUGGAAUUGUUUGUCUUCCGCUUCAUGCAGACGGAUCCUAAUUGGAGUAAUUUCUUGUAUGAUGAGGCCACAAACACCAUCAAUCUCAUUGACUUUGGAGCAGCUCGAGAUUAUCCUAAAAGAUUUGUUGAUGACUAUUUAAGAAUGGUUGUAGCAUGUGCAAAUGGUGAAAAGGAUGGUGUGAUUGAAAUGUCAAAAAGACUUGGGUUCCUCGCAGGAGAUGAAUCAGAGGUAAUGCUGGAAGCUCAUGUUCAGGCUGGUUUUGUUGUGGGACUGCCAUUCUCUAAUCCUGGUGGGUAUGACUUCCGAUCGUCUAAUAUCACGCAAAGUGUUUCAAACCUUGGGGCGACAAUGCUAAGGCACAGGCUAACCCCACCACCAGAUGAGGUAUAUAGCCUUCAUAGAAAGCUUUCAGGUGCUUUCUUGGCUUGCAUUAAGAUUGGAGCAGUUGUACCGUGUAGGGGACUAUUACUCAAAGUCUACAAGAAUUAUCAGUUUGGUGAAGUUGGGUUUCAGCGGCUAUUCUGCAUUUCCUCUCAUCCUCCUGAUAUACAUCUUCUAGUUUUAUUCUCAAGAACUGCUCUGCACCUUUCACUAUCUCUAGUUGCAAAAGCACGAGCUAAUAUGGUGACAGGUGUUGGGCAGGCUCUUGUUUGA